AUGCCCGGACGCCUAGACCCAAUGUUUCAAAUCAUCGAAAGAGCCCAGGCUCUGAUCCCUCGUGGCAAUAGCUUCUAUCGACUUGCGCGAGACCUUGGCUUCAAAAAAGAAUACAAAAAAGCCAAAGGCAUGACUGAGCAGCUCGAAAGACUCAUAUCGCCGCCAGCUCCUGGGCGACGAGCAGAGGCGAUGAUCGGCACCGUCCAGAGCAUGUGGUAUGCUCUACGCACCCGGCGCGGCCUGCGCUGGAAGUCCAUUCAAGCCGUCGAUAAGCUGUGCGACGAGUUGCUUGCCCUUCUGAUGGGAGAGGAGAAGAGAGAGCUCUAUCGGAAGAUGGACAGUAAGAUAGCCAUGUGGAACGGGUUCAAAAGGAGGAUCGAGGAUGAUGAGAAUUAUCGGGUUUCUGGUGGGAGGGUUGCCACGCCAAGUAUAGAGGACGAUGAUGACCCUGAGAUGUCUGGUGGCAGCUUGGAUGUUGAAGAUUAUCGCGGUGCAUCAGCUGAAAGGACCGUUGCGCCGAGAGUCGAGAGUGAGAAUGUUGAUCAACGGGGAUUUCCCGUCAUGCCUAAAGGCUGGUGA